CUGCAUCUUGAUUUGCCUCUCAAAAUAUGGUACGGUUUUGCAGACACGUCCUCCAUCACAUGGACCUUCUAAGGCCUGGAAUCUUUCGAGAAGAAGAAAAACUCGGGCUUGACCCACAUGAUGUAUAAGGCCCAGAUACGGAAAAAGAACCCAUUGGACCUAUCCGGUCCAUAUGCAAUUAGACCAACAACCCACAUUAUCCACUCCACUCCCAGUCAAUAGUCAACUAGUGCGGAGCAUUUCUCACUUUCCCACAAUUCGUCAUCCUCUCGAAUCAAGAAUUCACCGGAAACGAAGAAGAUCGAGGAUGUCGGAACAGCACACAGCAUCGCAGAUCUUCAUCUUAUCAGGGCAGAGCAACAUGGCCGGCCGUGGUGGCGUAAUCACCGACCCCCACAACCACCACAAGAAGCUCUGGGACGGGAUCCUGCCUCCGGAAUGCGAAUCUCGCCCCGAAAUCCUCCGCCUCUCCGCCGAUCUGCGGUGGGAGAAAGCGGCGGUGCCUCUCCACGCCGACAUCGACACCAGGAAAGCGUGCGGGGUGGGGCCUGGGAUGUCAUUCGCGAACUCCGUGAAGGAUCGGCUGUGCGGCGGCGGGGAGGCUAUCGGAUUGGUGCCGUGCGGCGUGGGAGGGACGGCGAUCAGAGAGUGGGCGCGUGGGGAACAGCUGUAUGAAAACAUGGUGAGACGAGCCAAGGAGAGCGUGAGAUCCGGUGCGGAGAUCAAGUGCUUGCUGUGGUACCAAGGAGAGAGCGACACGUCGACGCACCACGAGGCCGACGCGUACCAGAAAAACAUGGAGAAGCUGAUUCAGAACGUUCGAGAGGAUUUGGGUCUACCGGAUCUCCCAGUAAUUCAGGUGGCGCUGGCAUCAGGGGACCAUAACUACUUGGAGAAGGUGAGGGAAGCACAGCUCUGUAUGAAGAUGACGAACUUGGUGUGCGUGGAUGCCAAGGGAUUGAAGCUCAAGGAAGACAAUCUCCAUCUCUGUACUGAAGCUCAGGUUAAGCUAGGUCAAAUGUUGGCUGAUGCUUACAUCAGUAACUUUGCAUCUCCUAAUUCGUUAGCAUCAUCAUCUUCUUCUUCUUCUUCUUGAUCUCAUCUGGUAUGGUAUUGUACACUAUUCGCACUGCUGCUAUUGCUGAGACUUCGGUGAGAAUAACUCUGCAGUUCGCCUACAAAUUCUGAAUGCUCGAGUUGCCAUCCUUACUACAAAUAGAGCAUUUAGGUCAUCAUCGACUAAUCGCCUCCAUCAAGAACAUCAACAAUGGCGGCUGCGGAACCAUCGUCCAUGGAAUCGUUCCAAUCUCCAUCCUUGGCGAAGAAAGUAACCAUGUUCAUUGUGUCUCUAGUAACAUUGUGGAUCUCAUCAAACGCCACCUUACUGCUUCUGAACAAGUUUCUGCCCUCCUUUUCCAAUAAUAAUGACGAAUUAUCCUCCGGUUUGUCGAUGUUCCCAACGAUGCGGAUCACGGCGCCGGCCUGCCAAAUCACCGCCUACUUCUCCGUUGGGGCGUCCACUCUACACACCGUGAAGUCAACAAUGGUCAGCUUCCUCGUGAUCGUGGUGCUCCUCGGCGCAGACCCCGGGGUGAAUGGUCGGUACCCGGCCGUCGACUGCAUCUGUUUGCUGUUCUCAAGUUUGGCCUUUCUCUUUUGCGUGGUGGAUCUUCUUCAUCAUGUUGCGCCGCAUCAACGCCGCUUUACUCGUUGGGCUAGUAAAAAAAGUGGGAUCAGAUCAUUCAGUUUAAGAGGUGUAAUUGCAAAUUGAUUAAAUUCUUACUGUGAUU